AUGGCUGAUACUUUCGAGCAGGAACUGCUAAGAGAGCAGUCGGAGUUCACAAAGGACAAAGAGAUCCAGAGGAUUCUUACUAGCUUCAAACUUGAUGCUUACUCUAUUCUUGAUCUUCAGCCGGGGUGCUCAGCUGACGACAUAAAAAAGGUUUACAGAAAGAAAUCAUUGUUGAUUCAUCCGGACAAAACCAAAAAUGAACGGGCGCCAGAGGCAUUCAGUAUGUUGAAGAAGGCUGAACAAGAGCUAUCGGACUCAGAACAUAGGCAGAGGUUGGAUGAUGUGUUUGUGACCGCACGAAAAUCGUUGAUUGGGCAGCGCGGCUGGGAUCUUGAUGAUGUCAGACUUUCAGGGAAAGAAUUUCUCAAAGACUGGAGAGAGAAGGUGAAAGAGGUGUUGAUUGAGGAUGAGUUUGUGAGGCGAAUGGAACGCAAGAGACAGAUGGAGGAAGAAGGCAGGGCCAAUCAGCACGAGGAAGAGCAAGCAGAACUUUUUAAACAGAAGGCCCAGGAGAAAAAAGCAUGGGAGGAAUCGCGAGAUAAGAGAGUGAAUAGUUGGAGAACGUAUGUUGAGUCCAGUGGAAAGAAGAAGAAAAAGAAGCAGAAAGUCCUCGUUUGA